GCUAACCCUGGACCUGGCUUUCUAUAAGUUCUGUUAUUUUCUUUUCUAUGCAAUGUGUAAUGAUUUUGCCAAAACAAAAGCCAAACCUUGAAAUCCAGGCUUAGUCCACCUUCUUGCCCUGCUCCUGGUUGAUUGGCUGGAAACAUUCAACGGUUGGCCUUGAUUGCUCCAGGUGCAUUCACCCCCGUUGAUUGGCUGAACGGUGGAAAUCCUCCGGUACAUUUCAGCCUCCAAAGCAGCUAGAACUUUAGUCCUCCAGUCUCUCCUCCUCACUGAAGACCUUCAGGUCCAACAGAGCCGCCGCAGCAGCAUGGCAAGUGAGCCCAGCACAGACACCACCGAGCAGGAGCAGGCCCCGAACACAGAGGUAAUGGUGGACCUACUCCAAAGCUAGCUUGUUCGAUCAAAUACUGUAUCCUGAGAGGACUAUCAUCGAUAUGGGAGAGGUUGAAUUGUGAUUAUUAUGGUUUUUCUCGUUUAUAGGGCAGAGUGGUGAGGAGAGACGGUGUUUUUCGCUCCAUGGUGCGCGGUCUCCUCUGGCCUUUCGGCAUUGUGGUACGUUCAGAAGCUAAUAUCUGAUAGCAACUUGUUAACUUCACCAUGCGGCCUAACUUUCUCUCGCCCACAGGUGUAUGCGUACCGGGGGUUUUGGUGGGUGCUGGGCUACAGGCAGCCUCAGGAGAAACCAGUAGCUAGCCCCUCGGCCUCCAGUCCCGGCCGCCAGAGCCUCACCGGCCGGAAGCGCCUGCACAGGGUCACCCGCAUUCUGCUGUCCAUCCUGCCGCGCUGGGUGCAGGGCGCCCUGGGUUACCCACUGUCGAGCAGCAUUGGUCGCUCCCUCUCACCAGGUAGUACAGGCUGCCAUGGUCUGUAUGGUGGUCAUUAAGUCUUUCUUUAAACCACUAUUUAUGAAACACUCUGGGGAAAGUUCUUUGUUAGCUAGGUGAGAAAGACCACACUCCAAUCCUUAUGAGCCAACUUGAGUUUUCAAGUCAAAUCUAGAAGUUGGCCAUUGAAGUCUGGUCAAUCACCAAGGACUCCUAAGGUAAUCAGAAGUGGAUGCCUCUAGAGACCCAAAAGUAAGACUUAAAAUAUAUAUGUAUCUAAAUGAAUGAGUACUUGGCAGCAGUACUGAAUUGGCUCACCAUUAGUUUAAUCUAUGCUGUUCAAUUAUGAGAAACCAGUUUUAUUUGGGUUUGAUAUAGACCUUGAAAGUGUCUCCAAUGUUUCUGAACUGGGAUCCCAUAAGAUGGCCCCAAUGCAAAGAUUUGGUUUAAUGCUCAACAGGUAUACCUAUAAUUUUGUUUAGGACAUUUAUUUCAAUACAUACUUUGGUUUGAACUCGAUGUAGACUUGUUUCUUCAACAUCUCUGUGAAAAUUUAGGGUUUCAGGUUCUGUGUUCUCUACAAGUAAUGCGGUUUCGUAACACUUUCCUUGGCUCAUGGGAUAUUUGGCACAUUUUAUCUUCAUUGAAAUGCAUGUUGGUGAACAGUCUGGAUUGCUCACCUUCACUGAUCAAAUGUAACAGCUGUCAUAUCCAUGGAGAUUUUAUUCACAAUUUGUCUGCAAACUCAUUAUUUUUUUUCCACAUGAUGUCAAGCAUGGGAGACAACUCUUUAGAAAACAGACUCAUUUAUUUAUUUUUUGUCUCUACAGAAAUCAGAGUCUCUCCUACUAAACCUUGUGGAAAGGGCAGCAAGAGAAAGCAGGAUGAGUUGGAUGAAGAUGAGGAGGAAGAUGAAGAGCAUCCAACCUGGGUGGAGGCACUGACUCAGGAGCUUGCAGAUGAUGAUGCCCCAGAAGAGGAUCCAGACUAUGAGGUUGGUGCUCAAGAGGAGGCAGCAAAUACCCCAAAUCCCUCAGUAAUUUUAGUCGGUGUUGACUUUUUAUAUUGAAAUGUACAAGAAGCAUUAAACUGACUGUCAUUGUGGCCUAAUUUGAGAGGAAAUGAAAAGCGGGUCAUUGCCUCAGUAUUGCCUAAAACUACAGCAUAUUACACAACUCAUGCAUGUGCUUUUAUCAGCACACUACAUUUUUAAUGUGGACUAAAAGUGUAAUGAAACACUUUAAACCUUCAUUGCUUUAUAAGAUCAAAAACUGUCACCAUUUAGAGAUGUUUUUAUAUAAAUGGUGAAUGUCUCUCAGCCCAGCACUGUAGAGACUGAAAGUGAAGAGUAUCGCUCACACAACAACACGGAAAGCGACAUUGAAGUUCAGGGAAACGAUGUGGUCGUCAUUGAGGAUGUGAACACGGUAAGAGCCACAAGGUUUUUAUUUUAUAUACAUUUUUAAAUUCAUUUGAAUUGUAUGGAAACUAAUCAACUUGUGGUUUUUUUGUCUUAUUUUUUUUAAGGGUAUUGAUCCAUCCCCUCCAUCCGAAGCCACGUUGGCUGCUGUUUAAUAUGUCAUAUUGACAACAUGUUGUAUUGCUGUUUUUUGUAUGUUUGUAAAUUAAUUCAAUAAAAACCUUUUUGCCUUGACAUUGCUGUGGCCUCUCACUAGA